CGCAGGGAGAUGCAGCAUGACGUGAACAGGGACAGGCAGGGUCUCCGGAGACUGAAUUGGGCUCGCAGCAGCGGCACGCGGCGCAACAGCAGCAGAUGCAAUAUCAGCAGAUUUCACAUCCGCAUAUAUCCAGCAGCUGCCAUCACAGCUACAAGCGCUGCUACAGCCGCACUUGCCGCAACUACCACUUCAAGGCUGCUCUGGAGUUCGACCAAGCGGCUGUGGAGAUCCGAGGAGCAAAGGCCAAGCUUAACUUUCCAGAGAAGUUUGCUCAGGGCGAGGGAGGAGUAGGUUCGGAGCCCGCAGCGCCAGAAGCAGGCGGCCGGAUGGAAAUGCAGGGAAGGGAAUGGGGUAGGAGAGGUAAAAGAGGGCAGUGCUAGUAGGAGCUGUGUAGGGAAAGGAAAGGAGGCAGAGUAUGCUGAGGAUGUGGCAGAAAGGGACUUGAUGGGAGAGGCUGCGGGUCAGAGAAAGCC